UUCUGAACUUUUCCAUUUUUACGGAGUUUUUUGAGUGAUUUUCCGAAUUUCCGCUAUUUUCCACGAUGGAGGACGUCGAAGUGAUGGAGCUCAACGAUUUGGAGGAGAUGAUGCGCAAGUUAACGAUUAAGGAGAGGCGUGCCAGCACCUUGUACAACCUGGAGCUCAAAAUCGACACGGUUAAUAAAGACCUCUACGAAGUCAUGUUGCGUGCGGAAAAUAUGCUGGAGUUUUUGGCUGCAGCCAACAGUGAUCAACUGAGCGCGGCUAUGCGCAUUAUAUUCCACAAAGGAGUAGCUUCCUUCCCCCAGGGAUCCUCCACGAUCGAUCAGUUCAUCGAGCGCUGCCUGAACCACCCGUCGGAUACGGUGAAGGAAUUCGGUCUGCGUGGAGCGCACACUCUGUGGGACGCUUCACUUCCCGUGGCCACCAAUAACAUCCACUUGAUCCUCAAAAACUGCCUACCGAUGGCAACGGGAGUUAGCGGUACGGUCAUUCAAAUGCUGGCCAAACUGCUGCCUCCUCUGUUCGCCGAUCCUCAGGUGCAGGCCGGUUUACAGGCUGCGCUGGAAUGCAGCGACACGAUCCGCUGCCGGGUGUAUGACAUCGUGUGCCAGAUCUUGCAACAGCACCCAGAGCAUUUUCCUACAGCCGAGCCGAUUCUACAGCGUGCCUUAUCAGACUUGGACACUAAUGAUGUACUAUUGCAGACGAAUGUACUGGAGAUUUUGUCCCCACUGGUGGCCACGAUGGACGGGUUCGCAUACAUAGAGAAGGUGGAUUUGUUUAACAAGCUUAAAACGAUCCUGAAUAGCGUAGCCCGAACGCCGUUCAUACGGUUCAUACUACCGGAUGCGCUACGGUUCUACGGCAAUGCCGCUUCCUUGCAACCGGCCAUGUUCUUUUCCCGAUACCCAGAAGCAAUAGACUUUAUCUUCGAACAGGGCUAUACGGAGGACGAUACGUGCUCACUUAUCGCCUAUGAAUCGAUCGCCGUGGUAGCUGCCAAAGACGUGGGCAAAAUAUACCUGCAUACCAAACUGAAAGACAAGAUGGACAAGCUUUUGGGGGCAGUUAAGAAGUUAAUACAUUCCUCUAGGGAACGGUAUGGGCCACGUUUCAUCGAUAGCCUAACGAACAUCAUCGCCGCUGAGAAUGCUGAUUCUACAGUGAACAACCAGAUUGCAGUCAUCGCACGAGAUUUCUACGAAGCUGCGUCUGGACGCAGUGAUUUACAAAUGGUGAUGGAGCUGUUCGUGAUACCAUUUUCAGAAGUGAAGAUGGCUUCGCUCAAGUUGCUUUCAGCGAUUAUCGAUUAUCGCUGGGGACAAUUGUAUUUAAAGGAUACAGCAUGCUUCAUUGAAGGACUGUUGAAUCGAUCGCUGGAUAGCGAUGCCCAGGUGACGAGGUACAAGUACGAAGUGAUCAAGAAGCUGGCCACAUCUACAGUGUUCGAUAGGUUCGAUAGCAUGGCACUCCAGCAGUACGUGUCGGAUGGAGCUUUCUAUAAAAAGGCAACUGUGGAGGUAGAUUUUGAGGGAGGUCAGUGAAUCCGGUGGUGUCCCUUGGAUCUUGGAAUCUGGUGAACUGUUUACAUUCAUUUUAAUUUGCAUUUGCGUCACAAUAAAAUAAUAUCUG